AUGAACUUCGUCAUGCUCACCCUCCCCGUCUUCGCCAUCGACAAAUGCGACAAGUGCUCCAACAACGGCGCCGAGUACUGCAACCGCGGCAACGGCGACCUCCUCGAAUGCAAGGACCACUGCUGGCAGAAGAAGUGGUCGUGCCCCAAGGGUCAGCAAUGCAUCAUGAAGCCGGGUCCUACUUGCAUGGCCAGCGGGGAUGUGUGUAAGAUGUGUCAUGAUCAGUACAACAACUGCCGUGCGGUAAGUUUGAUUCGAGUCUUCCUCCUGUUGAGAUUCGAGGUUGAGGAAAUGUACUGA